GGCCUAAUUAAGUUCAAGAAAUAAAAACAUUCUAUCAAUUGGAUAACAUUUUCGGUUGACCAUGGCAAAACAUAGUUAGAUAAACAUGUCUUGUUUGUUCAUCUUCAUAGCUUUGCUUCUAAGUUCUUGUCUUGGAUCGUUGACAGCUCUUGAUCAGACUUGUGGCAACAAAGUCGUGAACACAAUCGUCGUCGACCAAGCCGGUUCAGGUAAGUUCCGUACGGUUCAAGCUGCCAUUGAUUCGGUUGGUGAAUUGAAUUCUCUAUGGAUCAAAAUCAAAGUAAAACGAGGUGUUUACGUAGAGAAGGUGAUAAUACCAUAUAACAAACCAUGCAUAAUAGUAGAAGGAGAGGGACAAAGAGUCACGACCAUCAUGUACAAUGGUCACGAAGCCACUGACGUCAGCUCAACUUUCACUUCAUAUCCACCCCAUAUUGUCGUCCGAAACUUAUCAAUCAUGAACACGUAUUAUCCUUUGAAUAGUCUAACGACGAAUGCAAACGGUAUGGAUUGGAAAAUAAAGCCGGCGGUUGCGAUUUCGGUUUAUGGCGAUAAAUCGGCGUUUUACAACUGCGAUUUCGUGGGGUUACAAGAUACAGUGUGGGAUAAUCAUGGCAAACAUCACUUCAAAAACUGUUACAUCCAAGGUGCUAUCGAUUUCAUUUUUGGAAGUGGCCAAUCUAUUUAUGAGGACUGUCAUAUAAACGCAACGGCAGGAGCAUUGGCAUCAGAAGUGGCGGUUGGGUACAUAACGGCGCAAGGAAGAAGCAGUGUUUCGGACCCAAGUGGGUUCGUGUUCCUACGAGGUAGUGUUUCAGGGACUACCAGUGUCUAUCUUGGACGAGCCUAUGGUCCAUUCAGCCGAGUCAUUUUCAUCCAAACCGAUCUCUCUUCCGUCGUCCACCCUAAGGGUUGGGACCCUUGGCACUAUGGUAAAUACGAAAGCCGAUUUCUAUCGCCGGUGGCUUUUUCUAGAGUUCGUUAUCAUCGCUUCCCUUCUUGUAGAUGGUUAAGUCUCACCUCAUCAUCUUCAUGUUCUCGCAGGUUAAACAGUUUUAGUUCAAGGUGUUCGAUUAUAAACACUGAUGUAUGUCACGAUUUUGUCACUACUGAUGAUGACAUUCACGAGGAUUUGCUUACUCCAAUUGAGGAUCAUACAAUUCCCAUUGUUCAUCUUGAUACCAAUAUCGCCGUUACUGAAUCGCUGAGCUUACUCACCGAGUGUACUUACGUAGAUACUGUUUUAACAGCAUUGCCUGUAUUGUCUGAGGAGGAGCAGACUGUAAUUGCAGCCACUCCUGCUCACCCUGAAGGAUUAUAUGUCUUAUAUGCAAGUUGUUUGGUUGGGAAUUUGGUUGAACAACUUUGGAAUUUCGCUUGGCCUUCCGCUAUUGCAAUGCUACAUCCGAGCUUACUACCUGUGGCAGUCAUGGGGUUUGUUACUAAAUUGGCGAUAAUUGCGGGAGGUCCAGUGGUUGGAAAGUUUAUGGAUUAUAGUCCGAGAGUUCCUACGUAUAUCUCGCUGAAUGUCAUUCAGGCAGCCGCUCAAGUGGUAUCUGCAGGAAUGAUUAUUCAUGCAUACACAGUUCCUUCCACAUCGGCGUCAUCAAUUCUUCUUCAGCCUUGGUUUUUUGCAUUGUUAUUCGCAGGGGCCAUUGACAGUCUAUGUGGAAUAGCAUCUGGAGUCGCCAUUGAACGUGAUUGGGUCGUAUUGUUGGCGGGCAUAAACAGACCAAUCGCUCUUGCACAGGCGAAUGCUGUUCUCCACCGAAUAGAUCUGCUUUGCGAGAUCGCCGGGACCAUGUUAUUUGGGAUUCUUCUAUCCAAAUAUGACCCUGUGACAUGCUUGAAGUUUGCUGCCACACUAAUGGUGGGUUCUUUGCCAACCAUGACAGCUCUUAUAUGGCUGACCAACAAGUUCUCCUCUGGAGUUCUGGACCGUCCUAAAUGCUCCCUGAGCAGCUGUUCUGGCGAAGGACCUAGUACUAAUACCGACAGUAUUUUUGAUAUUGGCAUGGAAACUAUCAAGCUCGGAUGGAAAGAAUAUAUUCAACAGCCAGUUCUUCCUGCUAGCCUCGCAUAUGUCCUUCUCUACUUUAACAUCGUCCUCACCCCAGGCAGCUUGAUGACUGCAUUUCUAACACAACGAUGUGUGAAUCCAUCAGUUAUUGGUGGUUUUAGUGGAUUAUGCGCUGUUAUGGGCGUCGCCGCAACCUUCUUAUCAGCAAUCUUGGUCAAACGAGUUGGCAUUCUAAAGGCGGGUGCAGUCGGAUUGUUUUUCCAAGCUUCACUCCUUGCUGUUGCUGUUGCUGUGUAUUGUAGCUCUUCUCUAUCCCAGAAAAGCCCACUCUUCUUCUUCUUGUCCAUGAUCGUAUUAUCGAGGCUAGGUCACAUGUCUUACGGCGUUGUAGGAGCUCAGAUUCUACAAACCGGAAUUCCAUCGUCCAAGGCUAAUCUCAUCGGUGCAACAGAGAUCUCAGUGGCAAGUCUAGCUGAAUCGCUGAUGCUCGGAGUGGCCAUAGCGGCAAAUGACGCUUCCCAUUUCGGGUUUCUUGCGGUUCUGUCUCUUUUAUCAGUUGUUGCAGCCUCUUUGAUAUUCUGCAGAUUGCUGAGAAAUCCCACUGAUGAACAAAGACGACUCUUCUCCUUCGACCCUCUCUCAAAUUGAUUUGGAGCUUUUACAUUGAAAUAUUUUGUAUAGUAGUCUCACUUUCAGUGUAUAAAUCUUUAUUUAAAGU